UUUGUCCAAGGAGGGUGGAAGAGGACACCAUGACUCAAGCGUCCCGUUGAUUGAACAUGAACUGAACGGGUGGAGUCAGUGUAUUUCAUUGGGCACACUGGUAACUGUGCCACCUCUUCUAGUUGUGUUCACACGUCAAACGGAUCUCUAUUUCAGUAUAAGGACGAGGCAGGAGUCAGUAGUGCCCCUCCGUCUCCCUUCCAGUAACUUUGACUGCACCACCUUGCCUCACCUAACGUAGCACUCAACAUCGUUUGUGAACUCAUUUGGUCCUCUUGAGAACUGUAUUUAUUGUUGCCAGGCCUUACACCAUUCAAGUGAACAGGAGUCACACCCGCAAGGAUGGGAACGUUGAACAUAGCGAAAGAGAUAAUAUUAUGGACACCAACAGUGAUGAAAGCCUUGAACUCAAUUAUACCGGUGAUAUCAGGGGCACACAGCCUUUGGUGCCAGAUUAACAGUACAAAAGAAGAAAAUGAGACAGUGCUCAAGGCCAUGGAGAUGCUGAAAAAUUACCAAGGUGACAUCGACCGUUUACGUCAGGAACUACAGCAAAAGGAUAAGCUGAUGGAGGGAAUAGUGAUUCUGAUGACCAAGAUUCUUGAACGUGAUGCUGAUGAGGUGAAUAUGAAGUAUGAUGAUGAUCGGGGAAAUAUGAAGUAUGAUGAUGACCAGUGUGUUAAGGAGCAUGGCUCAGCUCUGUGCUGUGCUGUGUGCACCCACAGCUUUAACGCAAGAGAGAGACGGCCAACCCUUUUGACGACGUGUGGUCACAGUGUCUGCAAGGAUUGCAUCAGGGAAAGAAGCAACCGGGGACUCCUCCAUUGUCCUAUUUGUCGUAAAUUCCAAAACAUGGCAGCAUCUGACCUUCCUACAAAUUGGGCUGUUCUUUCAAAAAUCUCUAAGAAAGACGACUUUAUGAACAAUGAGAAAGGGACGAAUGAACAGCUGACCAACCCAGUAAUGAUGUCAUUUGAAGAGCAGAUAGAACAUGCCUUAAAUUUGUCAUGUCGUGAAAUGUUACGUCUUGAAGUGUCACACUCAAUAGAGAAAGAUCCCACUUCUGACUCAUCUACCACUUGUCUGAACAAGAACAGCAAGCUGUUAACCAGCCCAGUUAUGUUGUCAUAUGAGGAACAGCUGCAGUGUGCCCUCAUUAGGUCACGUCGUGGGACAUCAGUCAAAAAUGAGGAAGACCAAGCAGCUUGUGCUUAUUCUUUUGAUUCUGUCAAUUGUGUGAGAGAAGAUGAUGAGUUAAAGUUAUCAUUUGAAGAACAGUUACAGAGGGCCCUCAUUCUGUCAUGUCAUGAGAACAACUCUACUUCUAAUUCUCAGCACAAAGAGGAGGAGCCACAUGAAAGUUUUACUUCAUAUUCUCUGCAAGAUAACUGUUCAGAGAACAUGAAUGAACAAAUCACUCAUGUAGGUGACUGCUGUGCAAUAUCAGCAGUCAUUGACAACAACAUUAGGCAGAAGGAGCAUGAAACCUUGAGAGGUGCAGUUGAUCCACUGAGUGACGAGCUUGCCUCUGAAGGGUCACAGGAAGGGAAUGAAUGGAACAACUGUCAGGAUGGACAACCAUACACAACCAUAAAGCAAGAAACCUCAGUUGAUGAAGACAAUCACUGUUUAAAAAAAGAAAAUGAAUGCAAUGUUAAUAUGGAAAAAUUACUCAGGGAGCAGGACGACCUUAUGUUGGCCCUGGCUCUACAUAUGUCACUCACAGAAGUUGAACAGGCCCAAGAAUCUUCAGAGGACAGUGAAGAGUAGACCUUACACACCCCUAGACUGCAUCACCCACUGGAAUUUUCAAGAGUUUAGUGAUGAAAAUGUCAGAUUGGGAUUUAAACCUUUACAAUCUUCUUAAAAACUAUUGAAUUUUUUUAAUCUAAGGAUAAUUAUAUGUGUUGGUGGUAAUGUGUGCAUCCCUCACCAAUAUGUCAUGGGUAAGAGUCCUGCUUUGUUCGGGCACACUUGGGAAGGGUGUUAUGUGAACCUACCAACCAUCACAAGUUUCCUUCGGGUACUGUGCUUCAGUUCCUCCUGUACUAACACUGGGCAGACCAAAUACCCAAAGUCUAGCAAGCUGAUAAGUGACGAUACGAUAAAAAAAAUACAAAGUAUUAUUUGCUAGGGCGAGGAGGAUGUGGUAAAACUACUGUACAGUAUUCAGUAAUUUUUUAGAAUUUUUAGGAUGGAGGGUUUAUAUUAGCUAAUACUGUACAGUAGAUAAUUUAAUUUAGUUGAUACCAGAUUCAUAUUCUCCUCAGAUUUGCCCCACACAGUGUAGGGACUAGCACUGUAUCACUGGGAGUAUAGCACGGCUUCUUGUUGGUGCAAGAGAGGUGACCUUUACUUGGAUGAUGGAGAAUUUUUUGUUUUAGUAAAUAUACUUAAUUAAAAAAAAAAAUAGUAGUUUACUAAUGCUGCCUUAGCCAUAUAUACAGUACAGGUGUUGAUAAAACAAUUAUGGAAUGUUGUACUAAAUAAUU